GACUCUCCACAGCGCCCGGGGCCAGUAGUGCGGCGCAGCCAUGUCGGGCCCGGCGCGUGCGCGCCCCUUCCUGCUGCUGCUCGCGCCCUGCGUGCUCCUCAUCUUCACCUGCACCCCAUCCUCCGCAGCAGUAUGCAAUCAGACGGCUUGCCCGAUCGACUGCUCCGGGAUCAAAGGGGAACUAGGAGACCCGGGCCCCCCGGGCCCUCCGGGGUCCCAGGGAAACUACGGUGAGGACGGCCCCGAGGGCCGCCAAGGGCCUAUUGGAGAAAUUGGCGACAGAGGAGAACCGGGAGAUAUAGGAGAUAAAGGAGAGCGGGGUUCAGAUGGACCAUACGGACGAAUGGGAUUCCCUGGAAAUGAUGGAUCACAAGGACCAAUUGGUGUUCAAGGCCUCCCGGGUUUGGAUGGUUGCAGCGGUUUUGACGGUACUCCAGGGCCACCGGGACCUAUUGGAUUCCCUGGAGAGAGAGGUCAACCUGGGCUUCCAGGAGAUAAAGGCCGGCGAGGUAUGGCAGGAGACGGAGGAGCCAACUCGAGAGGCACGAAAGGAGACAGGGGCGAGAAGGGAUUUCCUGGUUCAUUCGGGUUACAAGGACCUAGAGGUUAUGCUGGCGAAGCUGGCUCACCCGGUGAAGAUGGUGAACAGGGCCCACCGGGACCUCGAGGAAACCCGGGUAGUUGGGGAGCACCCGGCGAAGACACAGUAGGGCCUAAAGGUGACAGAGGCGAUAUUGGUCUCGAUGGCGAGCCUGGAUCAAAGGGCACCGUUAUAUACGUUGGCAUCGACGAAGCUCGACAAAACGUUACCAUCAUAUCCAAGGGAUUUAAAGGCUACAGGGGAGAAAGAGGAGAUAGAGGAGAUAAAGGUGGACGGGGAGAACCUGGAGCAAGAGGACUAAAUGGACCUUUUGGUACUCGCGGACCGCAAGGCUACAAAGGCGAAGAAGGUGAAGAAGGGCCUAGAGGAAAACCUGGUCAUCGUGGUGCCCCAGGCCCGGACGGCCCAAAAGGAGACAAAGGUGCUCCCGGAUAUGCAGGACAAGAUGGAAAUGACGGGCUACCUGGCGAACCAGGAGAAGACGGGAGACCGGGAGCCCCGGGAGAACAGGGAUUCCAAGGACCUAAAGGAGUGUUCGAUGAAUCUUUUAGCGAACCAUUAAAAAGGGGUGCACCGGGUCCUCAGGGUCCUGUGGGUGAACCCGGCUUUAUGGGAUACCCUGGUUUAGAUGGCGAACCUGGUUCUCCUGGUAUAGUGGGACCAACUGGGCCGCCGGGACCUCCAGGAUUUCCGGGUCGCGACGGUAAUCCCGGAAUAUCGCCUAAAGGUGAAACAGGCAGUAGUGGCUUCCCUGGCCCGCAAGGACCUCGAGGCUUGCCUGGUAACCCUGGCCGACAAGGAUCUGCCGGACCUAAGGGUUUCGCAGGCAAUACAGUGAAGGGUGAACCCGGUGAAGCUGGCAUAUCGGGUUUAGAUGGCUUGCCUGGCCUUCGAGGAGAUAUUGGUGAUACUGGAUUUAGAGGACCGCCAGGUUAUCCUGGAACAGGAGUUUACGGAGCCGGGCCACCUGGAGAAGACGGAAGGCCUGGCCGGCCCGGAGAAGUGGGUGACACUGGUGAUCCUGGCUUACCAGGAUAUUAUGGACCUAAAGGACAACGUGGUGAUGACUGUCCAUUUUGCCAAUCAGGAGCACCUGGUCCGCGAGGAGCCAGAGGAGAGCCAGGCAACCGUGGGCCGGAUGGUCUACGGGGCCCCGAAGGUUUACCCGGACCCCGAGGAACAAUGGGCGAAAAGGGAACAGACGGAUUGCCCGGACUGAAGGGCAGCAAAGGAACUGACGGGCCGUCUGGUGCCCGAGGACGGAAAGGUUUUGCUGGAGCGCCUGGUGUACUACAGAGGGAGUCUUUUGCUCUCACUAAGGCCGACGUCGGUCCCCCGGGUGACCCAGGCUUCAUCGGCGAACCUGGCCUUCCUGGCGAUCAAGGCAUGCCUGGCUUCCCCGGUCUCCCGGGACCAAUAGGCAUGAAGGGCCAAUCUGGUGAUAUGGGACGGCCAGGUCUGCGUGGGCGAGACGGUCUGAAUGGCAGUGACGGCUUGCCUGGGCGGCGUGGCGCGGAUGCGAACGCAUACUACAUUCAUUUUCUUCAGGGACAAAAGGGAGAACCAGGCCUCAAAGGUCUACCCGGUUCGCCAGGUGACGACGGCCCUGUAGGAGAAACAGGAGAAGCCAUUGGGAACGAAUUUAAUGUCAAAGGGGAGAAAGGUUUCACGGGACCACCAGGAUAUCAAGGAGAACCUGGGCGAAAAGGAGAACGAGGGACAACAGGUUUUGACGGGUACCCUGGCGACAAAGGUGACCAAGGUUUUACUGGAAUUAGCCAACGCGGUGAAAAGGGCAUAAAAGGAAUAGCAGGAGAGAAGGGCGACUGGGGCCUUUACGGAGAACCCGGGCUUCCAGGACAGAGAGGAGAUGAAGGAUUCGCCGGAAUCCCUGGACUAAAAGGAUUCCGCGGUGACGCAGGUGCUCCAAUCAUACCUGGGGAGCCAGGACUUCCCGGCAACCGAGGCAUCAUGGGUGACCAAGGGGAACCCGGUUAUAUGGGAAUUCCUGGUCGUCCUGGUCAAAUGGGGUCGAAAGGAGAACAGGGAGGACCUGGAGAGCCAGGUCCAAGAGGACCAAUGGGAUUCCAAGGACGUAAGGGCAUGGAAGGGGUCGUCGUACGGGGUGCACCAGGCAUACCGGGGCGUAACGGCCCAAAAGGACUACCUGGCUUUGCAGGAACCCCAGGCCUUCCAGGCGAACCUGGUCUGCCUGGUAUUGAUGGUCCAGAUGGGAUAAAAGGAGAGGCUGGCAAAAAAGGUUUCCGUGGUCUAACAGGUUUACCCGGUAAAGGCGGAGCAUUUGGCUUUCCGGGCUUAAAAGGUAAACGGGGACUCCCAGGAGAAAAUGGAGAUUAUGGCGACGUUGGUCUACCCGGAGAAGUAGGUACACCUGGCAGACCAGGCAUGCAAGGUCCAAAUGGUAUUAAAGGAGAAAGAGGUGAUUUUGGAUAUAUGGGUCGCAUGGGAUUGCCGGGUCCAGCUGGAAUUAAAGGAGACAGAGGAGAUUAUGGCUUUACGGGACCGAAAGGAGAACCUGGUGAAAGGAGUUUCAGCGGACUGAAAGGUGAUAUGGGAGAACAAGGAGCGAUGGGUUUCCCCGGUGAGCCAGGCUUAGAUGGGUUAUUAGGUCCAAAAGGUGACGCUGGAGAUGAUGGUUUAGUUUAUAACGGAGGCCCUGGUCCUAAAGGCGAAAAAGGUAACAAUGGACUAUAUGGACCACCUGGAGAACGUGGCCGUAAAGGAGUAUCAGGAGAAAUUGGACUCACAGGACAGCGUGGUGAAAUAGGAGACAAAGGUUUCCCUGGACUUCCUGGCAAACCAGGAAGAAACGGGUUAGAUGGUCUGAAAGGAGUGAAAGGUUCAAUUGGAUUCUCUGGAUUUUCUGGUGGCAAAGGUGAAAAGGGCUUCCGUGGGCGACCAGGAAGACCUGGAAAUGCUGGUUUAGACGGCUUACCCGGUUUACAAGGUUUACCAGGCGAGAGAGGACUACCGGGAUCGCCGGGAGAAAGAGGCGAGCCGGGAUUGAUCAGUUAUGGGCACGGUACCAAAGGAGACAUAGGAGACUUAGGAUUGGACGGUAUCCCGGGAAACCCCGGAGAAAUAGGUGCACCCGGAUAUCCUGGACUAAAAGGUAUUAAAGGUCAACGUGGUGAAAUAGGCUAUCGAGGUCAGGAAGGUGAUCAAGGUCUACCUGGUCGGAAAGGUGAGACUGGCAACCAGGGGCCUCCAGGUAUUCCAGGUUUGCGUGGUUUAAAUGCUGAAAGAGGUGAACCCGGUACACCUGGUAUUGAUGGCCUGGAUGGAUGGUAUGGAGCGAUGGGACAAAAGGGGGCUCCAGGAGAAUAUGGCCUUGAUGGCCCUCGAGGCAAGCCAGGUGUUCCAGGCCUCGUCUUUCAUGGUCCCAAAGGAAUAAAGGGUGAUCAAGGUGCACUAGGCCGCCGAGGACUCUCAGGAGCACCCGGAGAAGUAGGAUUACCAGGAGCUACAGGUCUCAGUGGAGAAAAGGGAGAUAAAGGUGAAGUCGGAUAUAUAAUAAACCCAAAAGGAAUGUCAGGCGAUGUAGGUUGGCCAGGUACUGAGGGACUUACAGGAAGAAAAGGCGAGAGAGGCAAUGAUGGCAGAAAUGGUUAUAUUGGUAGGCGAGGCGCUCCUGGUUUAAAAGGACUCGAGGGAGACAUGGGACUUCCGGGUGAAAUGGGAAGUCUAGGACUAAAAGGCAUAAAGGGUGAGAGGGGUGAUGUUGUUGCAGCCUCCCAAAUAAUACCAGGUCCGAAAGGUGACAUAGGCUUCCCAGGGAUUGAUGGUUAUAAGGGAGAACCGGGUAGACCAGGAGCACCAGGAAGAAGCGGAUACCAUGGCAUAAAAGGAGAAAAGGGAGACAUUGGUUUUCAAGGAUUCUCCGGCCUGCCGGGACCACCGGGACUUCAAGGACAAAAAGGCAUCCGUGGUUUCAGAGGCGAGGAUGGUAUCAACGGGCGCCCAGGAAUACCUGGUAUACCUGGCCCUCCGCCACCGGUCCCAAAAUCAAGAGGCUAUUAUUUCGCAAUACAUUCACAAAGUAGUAUGAUUCCGCAGUGUCCGCCUGGAUCUAAUCCUCUGUGGGACGGCUUCUCACUAAUGCACAUUGUUGCCAACGGCAAAGCAAAUGGACAGGAUCUUGGUGCACCGGGUAGCUGCUUGCGCAGAUUCACUACGAUGCCAUAUAUGUUCUGCAACUUGAACAGUGUGUGCAACUUUGCCGAACGUGAGGACUACAGUUACUGGCUGUCGACUAACGAAGCCAUGCCAAUGGACAUGACUCCGAUUCGAGGAAACUCCAUCGGACCUUAUAUAUCAAGGUGCCAAGUGUGUGAAGCACCAACGAGGGCUAUUGCACUACACAGCCAAACUACAAUAGCGCCGUCCUGUCCAAAUGGAUGGGAAGAAUUGUGGCAGGGAUACAGUUUCUUAAUGCACACAGCGGGAACCGAUGCAGCUGGCCAAAAUUUGGUCUCUCCUGGGUCUUGUAUGCGAGAGUUCCGUAUCCGCCCCUCUAUAGAGUGCAACGGCUUGGGUCGGUGCAACUACUUCGCGAUGGGAAUUGGCUUCUGGCUUUCUACUAUUGAAGACAAUAAGAUGUUCGCAAAACCAGACCAAGAGACGCUUAAAUCUGACCAUAUCAGGAAAGUUAGCAGAUGUUCUGUCUGUAUGAGGCGCUGGCCCGCCGCCUCUAGCCAACAGCAAGGCGACAUACGAGCCGUGCCCAACGCGGUCGUGAGGCAGAACCCGCGGUACCCGCCGUACGGCCGCCGGCCCGGCUACCCCUACCAAGGCACCCGAAGGCGCGUCGCUGGCUGGCGGAACCGACGUCGCCAGGAACAGCCGGGCUCAUAAUCGAACGAUUAUCGUAGAAAUGUAAUAUAGAACUCGUGUCAU